CCGAGCCGCGUGUUACCCAACACAAAAACAAAAAGCUCCCACUUUUGCCUUCUUCCUCCUCACUGCUUCUACAGUAAACUAAGAGAACAGAGUAAGAGCUCCAAUGGAGAAUGGUUGGCUCAGUUGAAUGCUUCGUUGGAAGACGAUUCUCUUCUUUCUUUCCUCGCUUUUCCCAGUUUUUUUUUCAAAAAAUGUCUCUUUGUAUUCUGUGAUUUCGCCUACUUAUGGAGUGAAUGAAUCAGUGAGAGUUAAGGAAGAAGAAGAAGAGGCAUGGUAAAGAAAGAGUUCUUCUUGUUUUUUGUUUCGGUGCUUCUGAUAAACCCUAGCAUGUUCUGCUCUGGAUCGAAACUGAGGCCUCCAGCCAUUUGGGGAAAGUGUUCGUAAGGAUCAUUCCAUGUCGAGUAGAAACGGUAAAUUACUUCGUCGGUGCACUACUAACGGAUCCCCAAGCGCAUGCGGCCAUUCUUGGGAGCCGAGGCACAAAAUGCCUAAAUCAACUGGGGGAAGUAACCAAGCUCGAUCAUGGAAUCUGAGCAUGUUUUGGUUUUUUACUGGCGCCGUGAUUGUGUUUCAUCUCUUCGCAGUCUUCGUAGUUCUUCCUUUGUAUAAGAAUGGUGGAAACCGAAGUAACUUUCCUUUUCCUGCGAACUCUUGUUCCGGAAAUGAACAGAGAACAGAGACUUCAGUGUUGAAGGAGGACGAGAUUAGUGUCAGCUCUACCAGCGGAUCAAUACCUAUUUCCGUGGAUUCUGUUAUUAAUCUUGACCAUGGAGAUCCGACCAUGUACGAGAAAUUCUGGCGGCAAACAGGCAAUGCGGCGGAGCUGGUCAUUCCUGGAUCGCAGACGAUGAGCUAUUUCUCCGACGUGACCAAUCUCUGUUGGUUUCUCGAGCCGAAGUUUGCGGCGGAGAUCAGGCGACUUCAUCGUCUUGUCGGCAAUGCCAUAGCGGGUCCUGACAGGUAUAUAAUCGUUGGAACUGGCUCGUCACAGCUCUUCCAAGCUGCCCUAUUUGCCCUGUCCACGUCUCCUGAAGUUUUCGGCCAUGGUGGUGGUGGCCGGCCGCUCCCCGUUGUGUCUUCUGUGCCAUACUACUCGUCUUAUCCUGCAGCAACUGAUCUUCUCCAGUCAGGCCUCUUCCGUUGGGCCGGCGAUGCUCGCUCUCUCAAAGAAGGCGACAAACCUUACAUCGAAGUCGUGUGCUCGCCAAGCAAUCCCGAUGGUCUUCUCAAGACAGCCUCGGUUAGCUCCAACAGUGGAAAGGUAAUCCAUGACCUUGCAUAUUACUGGCCACAAUACACCGCCAUCACCAGUCCGGCCGACCACGAUCUUAUGCUCUUCACAGCUUCCAAGUGCACCGGUCAUGCCGGAAUGCGGCUGGGUUGGGCCAUUGUCAAGAACAGAGAGGUUGCUAAGAGAAUGAUGAAGUUCAUAGAGGUCAGCACCAUUGGAGUUUCAAAAGACUCUCAAUUGAGAGCAGCAAAGAUUCUGAAAACAGUCUCUGAUCAGUAUGAGCUUGAAGCAGCAGAAGACUUCACCAAAUUGUUCCAUUUUGCCAGGAAGACAAUGAGAGAUCGAUGGCAGACGCUUCGAUUAGUCAUUGCAGCUUCGGAUGCCUUCAGCUUGCCAGUAUUUCAGCCACAGUACUGCAACUUCAUGAAAGAAAACACCUUGCCUUUUCCUGCUUUUGCCUGGUUGAAGUGCGAGCAAGACAUCGAUGAUUGCGAGAGCUUCCUUCGACAAAAACACAAGAUUUUAACUCGUGGUGGCAAGCAUUUUGGCGCGGAUGCAAAGCAUGUUAGGAUUAGUAUGUUGGAUCGUGUUGAGACUUUUGAUAUGUUCAUCGAACGGCUUUCAGCGAUCGAUCUGUGAUGGAUUAUGUUCAAGUUAUUAGGUGAUGUAGCUUUUUUGUUUUGGCUGAAAAGUUUAUGUUUUUUCACUUAUUGGUAUGAUGGUUAUGUCAAAUGCUGUUUAUCUGCAGUUUUGAUGUUUUGUUGACAUGGAA